GUCGGAAAACUCCAGUUGGCCUGAAGUGUAGAAGCUUUCGACGGAGGCUGAAGUCAUCAUGGCGACCAUAGUCUGCAUCUUGGCUCUGCUAGCUGCGUGUGGAUCAGCCCAAGGUCAAACUAGGAACAAAACCAAUCUGAUCGUAACCACAAUUCUGCAUGAACCCUUCCUGCAACAAGGUGAAAAUGAAAAAUUCGAGGGGUUCAUUGUUGACCUCCUGGACCGAGUCGUGGAGAAGAUAGGCUGCACAUACACGCUGAAGCUGGUGAAGGAUGGGAAGUACGGCUCUCCCUCACCUGACGGCAAAACAUGGAGUGGCAUGAUCGGCGAGAUCAAGAGAGGAGAGGCCGACCUAGCGGCGGCGGCUCUAACCAUGACCAGUCUGCGGAGGGCCCACAUCGAUUACUCGUUCCCUUUCCUGGCCAACAGCCUCUCGGUCCUCAUGAGAAGGAAAGACAUCUUUGGCACGGCAACAGAAGCUAUGUUUGGCCUGAAUUACUUCCUCACGCCAUUCAGCGCUGGGGUGUGGAUGCUCAUCAUCGUCUCCUUCCUAACGGUUAGCCUUGGCUUCAUUCUACUGAACCUGUUUAAUCCGUACGAGUGGAGGCAACGGAUACAGAGGGGUGAGAUUAAGGAUUCAGAAGAGACCAAUGACCAGUUUGGUGUCAAAGAGAGUCUCUGGUUCUCCUACAGUAUGCUCGUCCUCCAGGGUUAUUCCAAGCGUCCCCUCUCCAUAGCAGGAAGGGUACUUGCUGUCUUCUGGAUGUUCUUCAUCAUACUUACUCUGGGUAGCUACAUAGCUCUUAUGGUGAGGAACCCGAACCUUGUCCUCAACACACAGAGCGGAGCAGACAUGACGGUCAAGGGACUCUACUCAUUUUAUAAUACGGAUAAGCCUCCCAUAAUCACUCUUCGCGGCGGAUCCACCUACGCCUACAUCAAGAACACGCGCAGCGCAUUUUAUACGCGAAUAUAUCAAAAGAUGGUGAAGAAUGGCUUCGCGAACAGCACUAAACAAGGUAUAGAACGUGUGAAGAGUGAGGGAGUCGCUUUCCUUAUGGAAACCACCAUGGCGAAUUAUGUCGUAUACAGAGAUUGCGAGCUGACUCAACUAGGCGAAGAAUUUGCCAGGAGGCACUACGCAUUCGCCAUGAAGAAGAAUGAUGAACUCAGACAUGAAAUCGACCAAGCUAUUCUGGAGUUGUCAGAGGAUGGGGCUAUCGAGCGAAUGAGGUGGAUUUGGUGGCGUGUUAAGUCGCCAGCCCGCUGUCGCGCUACGAGGAUCAAGGCCGGCUCCCACAGCGGGAACACGCUUCAGGCGGACCGCUUCACCAAGACGAGUGGUUUGGCGCUUCAGGCGUUCGGCGGGCCCCUUGUCUUCCUCCUCAUAGGCUUGAUCAUCACGGCUCUUGUCUGUGUAGGAGAGAUCCUCGUCUUCAAGCAUUAUGACAAGUCGCCAGGAGUUCCGUUUACCGGUUGUGACGAGAAUGAGAGAGCCUAGCUUCCACGAGGACGUAUUGAACUAAUAGCACCAUCUCAGGUCGCAUGCGCUCAUUGGAAUGAAUGCUGAUAUGAGGGACCAUUGUUCAUUUGAAUAUUUGGCAUAAUUUCAUCCUUAUCAUGCAGCAGUCAGUGAAAGCACUGCCUGAUUAUGAUUAUAUGAAAAAAGUACAUAUUCGCCAAAAAAAAAAGUAUAAUGAUCAAAUAGACAUACUAUAUGUGGUAUGGAGAACUGAUUAAUUCGCAGAAUCGUAUUUUUUAAUUCAGUCGUACCAGUUUAGUUUAGUUUAUAUCUUAUUUUUAUCAAACAAUUUGAAAUUUCAUAUAUACAACUGGACCAAAGCAAUCCAUUAGUGUCAAGCCUGCCCCCAGUCAGAUACAUUAGGGGGCCGCGUGCGCGUACCAAUUUUCAUGGGAAAGGGGUCUUUGGGUUGAAACUAGGGUGUUAAUUCCCGAGAAAACGAAAAAAGGGGUACUUUUUUAGAGAGAUUUCUUGCAACUCGUCAAAAGGGCUGCUUUUUCAUUAAAAAGUGUGACAAGGUUACUGAUUUUACCUUGUUUUCAGAAUGAAAACGGAGACUUAUGAAAAUGAGUUGAAAGAAAUGUGUGCGCGCAAGAAGUCCCCGGCCGAGAAAGGGGAUCAAAAGUUAGAUGGCAAUCUCCUAGAAAGUGUGUGUGUGUGGGGGGGGGGGGGGGGUUCAUGUUAGAAUAGGUUCGAGCACUGCCCCCCCCCCUUGAAAAAACGUCAGUCAUUGGUGGCUCUUGGUCGCGGGGAAAUAAUGCGAAACCCAUUUCUAUAUUGUACUGAACAAGUCUUUGCUUAUUCGACCCAAAGUACUGAUAAGUAUAUGUUCGCAUCCACGCAGAUUCCAUUCCCCAGAGGCCACUUUGAAAAUACCCUUUCCGUGUCCAUUGGACUCCAUGUAUAUAAGCAUGCUUAAUAGACGAGAGAGGAACGCAAACCCGCCAAUGCGGAAAUAGGUUUAAAACUUGAACUUAAAAGGAUUGCAAGAGUCUUGAAUGGUCAAUGCCGGGCUUAGGCGGGAGCUGCACAUCGUAACCGAACAGCCUCUGUGGUGACGAAUCCGCUAGGCGAUUUUUCUCGAGGUGCGGUCAGUGUUGUGUCGACCAUCAGGUAACGAAUCAACGGUCGACACGUAUCACUGAACGCAUGAUUCCCCUUUCAAGCCUCUUUGGCUACAUAAAUAGGUAUUCUGAUCGCAUUCAUGCACAAUGAUAAUAUACUUACUGGUCAGGAAUAAGGACUGAGCCUAACAUUGUAACAUCUGUAUCCAAGUAUGGAUUAAAUCUUGAUAUCUGAUCACGGGAAAGGGAACGUGACCCACUGAUUCACGGUGAAUUGGUUCUCGCAAUGAGGGGAUAGUUUAACCUCACUAUUGUCACGUUGGCGACGAUGCAAUUUGUGACGAGAUAAAAUCAGUUUUACCGUGUCCAAGAAGUAGUUUGCAGUUAGUGCAUAUACUAUUCAACGCAGAAGUAGUUCACAGAGAUGGAAAGGAAGGACAUUAGUAAUGGAUGGUCCCAAUAAAGGUUGAAGGAAAUUCA